AUGAUGCUGAUGAUUAGAUUAAUCUUCACCCAGUUCCACUCUAGCGCCGGUCGACAGUCGUUCUUAAAAUCGCCCAUUCGACCCUGGCCGGUUUGUCGUCACAGCACCAAGGGCUCGAUGAACGAACGGCUCUACCAAUCCACUGGUCAGUCUGGAUCAAAGAUUAGCGGGAAAAUAAUCACAAUCGGCGUCGUUUGGUUGAUUGCUUUUGCCGUCUUCGAAUCCUUCGAGAGGCGUCGAGCCAAGCGGGAAAUCAUCAUCGACGGACACAGACUACAGAGUAUCCAAGCACGGCUUCUAGGCCGAGAUUCGAGAAGCUACUUGCCAAACGACACGACGACACCAGGAAAGGAGCUUUAA